CCUCUCUCCCCGCAAUCAGCCUCCCUAGCUAUGGGGUAGAUUAUUUGUUUUAGGCUUCAAAUGGAGCUUAAGAGCCGUCAAAUCCGGUUUGCCACGUAAGUUGGUACUUCUUGUUCACUUGACUAACAAAUACCCCAUUAAUUGAUCGAUUCCUGAGCAAAGAUGGCUCCACGCCAGAUAUCCCCGCGCCACGGACCCGACGUCGUCCUCCCACAAUCAUACAACGAUUUAAACUUCACGCAGAUCCAGACGCGACAUCAUGACAAGGAGCCUUCUGUCAUCAUCCUUACUCUGUACCGCCCGAAGAAUUACAAUGCCUUCACGGACAAGAUGCGCCAAGAGCUCGAGGCCGCAUAUGCCAUGUUCGAUGUAGACGACCGCGUCAAAUGCAUUGUAUUCACAGGCGAUGGACGGAUGUUCUGUGCAGGUGCGGAUUUGGGCAUUGGAUUUGGAGAUGGCGCGAAUGAUCUAGAGGCAGAACGCGUGGAAGAUCAUCGGGACGGAGGCGGCCGCGUAGCCCUCUCAAUCUUCCACUGUCGCAAACCCACCAUUGGUGCACUGCAAGGCUCCGCCGUAGGCAUUGGCGUCACCAUGACACUCCCCAUGAACAUCCGCAUAGCAUACAAGUCCGCGAAAAUCGGCUUCGUAUUCGGUCGCCGCGGCAUAAUAAUGGAGGCAUGUUCGUCCUUUUUCCUCCCCCGCCUAAUCGGCUAUUCGCGCGCCAUGGCCGCUACAACAACAGGCAGCACGUAUCUCGCCAGCGACAAGAUCUUCGACGGCUUGUUCACGGAGCUGUGUGAUAAGCCUGAAGAUGUGCUGCCCGCGGCACUACGUGUUGCGGAGGAUGUGGUGCGGAAUACUAGUUCUGUCAGCACGUAUCUUAUGAAGGAACUCAUGUUUCGCGACAAGGGAUCGCCUGAGGGCCAGCAUCUGCUUGAUAGUCGCAUUAUCUUCGAGCUGUUUGGGUCGCCGGAUAAUGAGGAGGGCGUCCAGUCGUUCUUGCAAAAGCGGCCGGCGAAAUUCGUGGGCUCCAUGGAGAAUACUACUGUGACUGGGUAUCCGUGGUGGAUGCCGGUUGAUAUUCUAGGUAGGCCAAAGGUGGCGCCGACGGGGAAGGCGAAGAUCUAGGUAGCACCAGUAGAACAUGUAUUCAAGUUGACCUGCUCAGUUUGAAAAUGCCCUUCACCUUG